CCCACCCAAUCCAUCUCCAACCACUUUUAUUUGACCUCAACGACUAUAUCACCAAACUGCUGUUGCAUUUUUUUUUUAUAUUCGACGGGGACUGACGGAGAACUUUCAUACCAAAACACAUUUCACGCCUCAAUCACCGGCCCACCGCCGCCAUGUCUCUCCCUCUCCUCCUCCUCCUCCCGGUAUUCCUCAUCCUCGUCGCCUACAAACUCUCCUACAGGCUCCGAUUCAAGCUCCCGCCGGGCCCUCGUCCCCUCCCGGUCGUCGGAAACCUGUACGACAUAAAGCCGGUGAGGUUCCGUCACUUCGCGGAGUGGGCCGAGGAGUUCGGGCCCAUAUUCUCCCUCUACUUCGGAUCCCAGCUCAACGUCGUCGUCACCACAGCGGAGCUCGCGAAGGAGGUGCUGAAGGAGAACGACCAGAGCCUGGCGGACCGGUUCAGGACCAGAUCCGCCUCGAAUCUGAGCCGGAACGGCGUGGAUUUGAUCUGGGCCGAUUACGGCCCGCACUACGUGAAGGUCAGAAAGCUCUGCAAUCUGGAGCUCUUCACUCCCAAGAGACUCGAGUCUCUUCGGCCGAUUAGAGAAGAUGAAGUCACCGCCAUGGUUGAGAGCAUCUUCAGGGACUGCACUAAGCCCGGUAAAAGCGGUGAAAGCAUGUUGAUGAGGGAUUACUUGGGGGCGGUUGCAUUCAACAACAUAACGAGGUUGACAUUCGGGAAGAGGUUCAUGAGCGCGGAGGGAGAGGUGGACGAACAGGGGAAAGAAUUCAAGGGCAUUGUCUCGAACGGGAUCAAGAUUGGGGCCAAGCUUCCUAUGGGAGAAUACGUGCCGUGGCUUCGCUGGGCCUUUAGGGUCGACGACGAGGCUUUGCAGAGCCAAGCUUCACGCCGGGACCGCCUCACCCGGAGGAUCAUGGAGGAGCACACCCUUGCCCGCAAGACCACCGGCGACACUAAGCAGCAUUUCGUCGACGCCUUGCUCACUCUUCAGAAGCAGUAUGAUCUCACCGAUGACACCGUCAUCGGUCUUCUUUGGGACAUGAUCACCGCGGGAAUGGACACCACAACCAUAUCGGCGGAAUGGGCGAUGGCGGAGCUGGUGAAGAACCCAAGGGUGCAACAAAAGGCUCAGGAAGAGCUGGACCGAGUCCUCGGGCACGACCGUAUCAUGACCGAGUCCGACUUCUCCAACCUCCCGUACCUUCAGUGUGUGGCCAAGGAAGCGCUCAGGCUACACCCACCAACACCACUAAUGCUCCCACACAAGGCCAGCGCGCACGUCAAGCUCGGCGGGUACGACAUCCCCAAGGGCUCCAUCGUGCACGUGAACGUGUGGGCCGUCGCCCGGGACCCUUCCGUGUGGCGGGACCCGCACGAGUUCCGCCCCGAACGGUUCCUCGAGGAGGACGUCGACAUGAAGGGGCACGACUACCAUCUCCUCCCGUUUGGGGCCGGGAGGCGCGUGUGCCCCGGGGCCCAACUUGCCAUCAACUUGGUGACGUCAAUGUUGGGACACCUGCUCCACCAUUUCGCAUGGUCGCCGCCACGGGGAGUGAAGGCCGGGGAGAUCGACAUGGCGGAGAGCCCGGGGAUGGUGACCUACAUGAAGACUCCAUUGCAAGCCGUUGCCACUCCCAGGCUCCCUGCCGCACACUUGUACAAACGUGUUCCCUAUGUCAUGUGAUGCAUGCCGCUCUCGUUACAGACAUCGAUCGAUACGGUCACUUUUGGGUUCAAUGCAUUUUUAAUGUGGGAUGUUUCUAUAUGUCUCGUGUGUUAGGUGGCAUGGAGUAUUUAUUCCCUUCCUCUUGUAGAAAUUGUCUCAUUUUAACUUUAAAGAGUUAAAUAAAUAAACGUUAUUAAAAAAUAAAAGGGAUGAUGUAGU